CGUCAGCGCUGCACGUUCGCUGGCCUGCCUGUUCUGCCUCUUCGCGAUCCAUGCUGCUGCUUGCUGGCAAACCCAGUCACAACCUAGUCUCGGCGGGAACAUCUGAAGUCGCAGACGGUCGUGCGCCGAAUGCACGCGAUAUCGUUCCGCUGCAGUUGCAAUUGCUGGUGGUGUGUCGCGGUGGCGUGAGUGACAUACUGUGACGACAGUGACGUUUCGGAAGGUGUGUGUGGCUCACGUGCCCAACUGCACUUCACUUACUAAACCUGAUGAGGAUAAGCCAUCCAGUGUAGUUAGUUGUUCGGUGCAUUUUUAGGUAUUGGAUUGCCCAGUUGUGUGCUGAUGAAACGAAGAGGCUAUGGUCGAAC